UUUCAUUUGACACUUGUGAACUUGUCAGUACUUACUUCCUUGCUCUGUGAGCACUUCAUGAUUAGGUAUUUACAGGAGGAGUUUGUCUAUACUUUCCAAAUAUUAUGCCGUUACGCUGGGGAAUAGUAACUGCGGGCAAGAUAGCCCACGACUUCACUAGCGCGUUUAAUUCCUACCCGGAGCAGAUAGAUGGCGUGAUUGCAGCCGUCGCCGCACGGGACAGGCAGAAGGCAGAAGAGUUUGCGAAAUUCCACGGAAUUCCGAAGGUCUUCAACAGCUAUGAGGAUAUGGCGAAGAGCGAUGAUAUUGAUAUCGCCUACAUAGCUUCUCUAAACCCUCAGCACUAUGAGCACGCAAAACUCUUUCUACUGUCUGGCAAACAUGUAUUAUGUGAAAAGCCCCUGUGUAUGAACUUGAUGCAAGUCCGAAGUCUGAUAAAAAUUGCUAGAGAGAAGAAACUCUUCUUAAUGGAGGCAAUAUGGUCAAGAUUCUCUGCCCCUUACCUCGCUUUGGAAAAAGAGAUCAAUGAUGGAAAACUGGGCGACGUGCAAUUCGUUGAAGUUAAUUUUGGAUUGCCCAUCGCUGAUGUAGAUAGACUUAAGAAAAAGGAACUAGGCGGUAGUGUACUCCUGGACCUCGGUAUAUACAACCUGCAAUUCGCGCAAUACAUAUUCAAGGAGGAACCAAUCCACAUACAUGCGUUUGGGGAACUGAACGCGUAUGGAACAGACGCCGCGUGCACUGCAGUACUACAGUACCCGGGGGGGAAAAGCGCUGUGCUCAAUAUUACCUCUAAACUACGCUUGUGGAAUAAAGCUACUGUGUAUGGGACUAAGGGAAGAAUUACGGUUCAAGAUCCCUUCCAUUUCCCAACUGAACUUAUUCAUGUGGACGGUAAGGUUGAGAAGUUCAGCUUGCAUGAGUCGCCAAAACCUUAUAACUUCGAGAACGGAUCUGGCUUGGUUUUUGAAGCGCUUGAAGCGAUGAGGUGUAUUCAGCAAGGAUUGUUGGAGUCACCGCGAGUUCCACAUAAGGACAGUCUCCUCUUGGCUAAACUGGAGGACACAAUCCGCAAACAAUUAGGCGUGCAUUUCGAUGUCGAUGAUCAAGAAUUUCAAUGUUUUUAUAGUUCAUAAAUCAUAGAUUUAAUCGUUGAUAUUGUAACUUAGAAUUUAUAUCUAUUAUAAAAGUACCUAUGUGUGAAAUAUAAAAUUUAUUAUUUA